ACCAUGACGCCCCCAUUUCCUUGUUUGCACUCUAGACCCACACUUACUAACUGCAUCGUGCUUCCUUCCUCCCUUUCCUCUCACCCACCAAGUGUCCUUCUCUCGCUGCGUACCUGUGUUAUAGCGCAGCGCCGUGCCGCCUGCUUUCGUGAGGUUCCAGUGAGGAGCAGCAUCUCGUCGUUGUAGUGGAAGUCCAGCGCAUUUCUGUCUCAAGGACGUUCUCUCAAACUCUCUCUGUGGCACCCAAUUUCGUGGACCUUCCUUCCCACUGCAUCACCCUGCUCCACUCUAGCUUGUACACGCAAGCAAGCGCAUCGGUUGAAGCACGCAGGCACGCAGGCACGCGGGCAGGGCUUGAACACAAACAGCGCAACACAGCACAUCACUGGAGUGAGUAGACUAGUAGAACUGCAGAAAAGGGCAUCGUUCCCGAGAGCGAGGGUGAAGCCGAGAGUUGGGCUUCUCUAUCCAACUCGUGUAGUGCCAGCCAGCAUCGCUGCUUUGCCGCUUGUCACCUUCCCGACCCCGCUGCUGCUCUUACAUGCUGUUUCGUUGCCGCGUAGACGAAGACGUGGGGGUGGAAUUGAAGUCAUGGCGAUGUGCUGCGGUGCGUAGAAGGAUCGAGGGAUCGUGGGGUGGAUUUUUGAUGUGUUCGCGACUUCGGGGUUACGGGAGCCCAGAGAAUCCGGAGCGUGGUACAUGCACAGAGGGUGUGCAGCUGGAGUGUGGCGGGCAGGAUUCGCGCAGGCGAGAGCAGACGAGGCGUUGGCACCUAGAGUAACGUGCGUGAGGGAGCGUGGUGCGGCGGACUGGUGGUGUUCGAGAGGGAAGUUUUUGUGGUAAGAGAGAGCAGGAGCACUGGCAGGCCCAGACGCCCGCAGCCGGGCCCGAAACCGUGCUGCCCGAAGGGUAGCAGCGUCGGAGGGCGAGAAGCCGGGUGUUUGGGCGGAGGACGGAGGCAUGGCGUCGCGGGCGCUGAGUCCGCGAACGCAAGGUCGGGGUGGAGGAGCAGGAGCAGGAGCAGGAGCAGGGGGAGGGGCGUCGAACGGGGCGAGUGCGUCGAGCGCGAGCAAUGGACUGGCGGGGUCGAGCCUGGCGGGUUUGGGAAGCCGGUUCAAUUCACUGGCGCGGCAAUCGUCGAUAUACUCGCUGACGCUGGAUGAGUUCCAGAAUGCGCUGUCGGAGCCGGGGAAGAACUUCGGGUCCAUGAACAUGGACGAAUUUUUGAAGAACAUAUGGACGGCAGAAGAGAGUCAGGCGAUGGCGGCGGCGAUGGGAUCCGUGGGCGAUGCAGGACAAGGUGGCGGGGGAAUGCUAUCUCGGCAAUCGAGCUUGCAGAGGCAAGGAUCGAUCACGUUGCCGCGAACGCUGAGCAGGAAGACGGUGGACGAGGUAUGGAAGGACAUACAUCGGGGGUCGUCGGGGAAUUCGGAGGGCAGCGGGGAGCCGGCCGCAGGGGCGUCGGAGCAGGAGAGGACGCAGACGUUCGGGGAGAUGACUCUGGAGGACUUUCUGGUGAAGGCGGGGGUGAUGAGGGAGGAGUCGGAGGUAUCGACGCAAGGAUUCGGGGCGUUUGUGGGGGCGCUGGGGAACCAGGAGAAAGCGAGAGGUGCGCACGGAGAGCGGGGUGGCGAGAUCGUACCGACGCUGUCGCUGUCGCCUGCUAACGCGAUGACGAGCCAGGCGACCAUAGAAGCAAUGCAGAUAGACGAGUACAACAAGAACCACGCGGCUGCGACGCAACAACAGCAGCAGCAGCAGGCUGACUGGCUGCGGAGCAUCGCCCAGCAACAGCUGCACCAGCGGCAGCACAUGCUGCAACAGCAGCAGCAGGCAGCGGCGGAGGCGGCUUUACGUGAACGUGGCGGCGAAGAGGAUGGGGAACGGGGCUGGUCCGAUGGUGGGGAUGGCGGGCCUGGGGAUGGGUGGAGCGAUGGGGGCAAACAUGGGGCCAGGCAUGGGAGGGGGGAUGACGGCCGGGGGACUGGCGAUGGGGCUGGGCGGGGCGAUGGGGGGCGGCAUGACGGUGAACAUGGGGCUGGCGCCGAAUUCUCCACCGAGUCCGGAUUCGGAUGGGGGUCGGAGCGUUGUGGGGGGGUUGGUGUGCAGGCUUACACGGUGGAGCUGGAGGCGGAAGUGAGCCAACUGAAGGAGGAAAACAUGCGGCUGAGGAAGCAGCAGGUAUCCACCAGAAAAUCUGAGGAAGAGGCAGAGCGGAGGAAAAAGCAGUGUUUGCAGAUAAUGGAUAUAUUGAAGUCCGCGACGACAGUGGGUGGAGCGAAGAAGUCGAGCACGUUGCGGAGGACGAAGACGGCAACGUGGUAGUGGGGAGCGGGAGCGUAAGA